AUGAAAUUUUUUUUUAGUAAACGAUCGAUUUCAGAAAUUUAUAAAGAAAUUUUCGAUGAACACCCAACACUGAGUCAUAUUGGUACUUUUAUGGGAAGACCAGUUCUCAUAAUCAAAGACACAAAAGACCUACAGUCAGUUUUACAAAGUGAUUUUCAAAAUUUCAACAGUCGCGGAAUUAAUAGUAAUCCAAAUGACAUAUUAAGCGACAAUGUUUUAUUUAUGGAAAACUACGGACGGUGGAAACUUCUACGCCAUAAACUCUCACCGAUUUUCACUAGAACCAAGUUAAAAAAUAUGUUUUACAUUAUGGAUAGAUGUGCUCAAGAUUUUAUAACGUUCAUAGAGGAUAAUAAAUGUGUAGAACGCGAUACUUAUAAUACUCUUUAUAAUUAUACUACAUCUUCUAUAGGCGCCGCUCUGUUUGGCAUCGACGCACAAACUAAAAGUACUAUGAAUUCUCCAUUUAUAAGCAUGGCACGAAGCUCAAUUGAGCCUUCCUUAAAAGCUAAUCUAAAGGCUCUGAUAUCUAAUGUAUCGCCGACACUAUUUUAUCUACUUGAUUUAAAAUUAUUUGGAGAUCAUGAAGAGUUUUUCAUAGGUACCGUUAAAAGAGUUUUGGAGAUGCGCAGGCGUGAAGGGGAUAAGGAUAAACGUCACGACUUUAUUGAUAUGUGUUUAGAAUUGCAAAGCCAAGGAAUUAUGCAGGAUGCAACAACUGGGUAUGAACUAGAAGCUACUGAUGAAGUAUUAGCAGCUCAAGCGUUUUUCUUCUUCCUGGCUGGUGUCGAUACUUCGGCUUCGACCAUGCACUUCACUUUACUUGAAUUGGCAAGUAAUCCAGAUGUCUUAACAAGAGUUCAUAAUGAAAUAGAUAAAAUGUUCGACGAGAGCAAUGGAAAACUAACAUACGAAGGGGUUGAAAAACUAGAAUAUUUAGAUAUGGUGCUUAGCGAAUCUUUAAGGAAAUAUCCACCAAUAGGCGCAAUUCAAAGACGUUGUACAAAUUCAACGAUUUUACCAAGUGGAAUUAAAAUAGAAAAAGAUGAUAUAGUUGUUAUACCAAUAUAUGCGUUGCAUCGUGAUGAAAAAUUAUUUCCCCGUCAAUCGGUAUUUGAUCCGGAACGGUUUUCUCCAGAAAACGUAUCGAAAAUAGCUAAAUUUAGCUAUUUACCGUUUGGGGAAGGAAAUCGCAUGUGUUUAGGAACAAGAUUUUCUCGAGUACAAAUAAAAUCCGGGUUAGCGUGGCUCCUUCGAAAGUAUACUUUAAAAGAAAAGAAAUAUGAACCAAUAUCAUUUGCACAGAGUCUUUUUAGUGUGAGAGAUGAAAAAGCUAAUUUCGAACUUAUACGAAGACUGGGUAAA